UAAUGGCGGCGUGAGGGGCCUGAAGGGGCCUGGGGGGACCUGAGGGGACUGGGGUGCGGCGGGCAGUCUUUUAAAGGCCGGUUAGGCUGGGUUUCACGUUGCCGCCAGCCCUCAGACAUCUGGUAGGUGACCAUGGAUCAGGUAAUGCAGUUCGUGGAGCCCAGCCGGCAGUUUGUGAAGGACUCGAUACGGCUGGUCAAAAGGUGCACUAAGCCUGACAGGAAAGAGUUCCAGAAGAUUGCAAUGGCAACAGCGAUAGGCUUUGCAAUAAUGGGAUUUAUUGGCUUCUUUGUCAAAUUGAUCCAUAUCCCAAUCAACAACAUUAUUGUAGGCGGCUGAAUGGAACAAGACAUCGUGAGGAACAAGACAUUGUGACAUUAGCUGCAAAGAUUUCACAGCUUUGUAACUUGUUCACUAUUAAACAGUUUUGGGUUUUCACA